UUUCGAAUUUUAAUAGUUUUAGCUGAAAAGUUGAACGUAUUUAAAAUUAAACGAGCAGAAAUAUACGAAGCUAUAUGACCACGUAAUUAAGAACAAUAACAUGUAUGUAGCGUAGGCACUGGUCGAGGUGCAUGCCACCAUGCACACUGAACUUUAGAUAUUUUCUGUAAAAUAAUACCAACUUUAUAAAAUCAUAUAAUAAUGAUACAGGAUCAUGAUAACUCAUACGCUAUAUUCCAAAUUUACAGAAACUGAAUGAUUUUUGUCACUUAUCAAUGAUUCUAGGAGCUUCAGUGUUGGGAGUCAAUUCAAUUACAGUAGUUUUGGUUGGGUCGGUGGGUUCAGGAACAAGGCCCCAUUCCAUCAUCCUUCAUAUUUGUUAUCGAAUGAGUUUUGAAAUUUUACUAAUACUCACAAUUAUUUCAUUUUAUUUUCUGAUGGAACUAUUCAGUUCUGUAUUAAGUUAUUAACUUUUCCUCGCCUCGUUUUUAACAUAAUAUUGGAAGAAAGAAAAAAACUAGUAGGUGGUACAUUAAUGAUUGCUUUGAAUGGGGUACGGAUGAUAUGAGCUUCUGGUCUGCAAGAAGAAUAACUUGCCAGAAUACCGUUGAACCACCAAAACCCUAAUUUAAUGACUGAUUCUAAAUUUAAAUUAUUGCAGCAUAACCAUUUUUAUUGUUUUUAAUUGUAAGACUAAUCAGGCUCUUAAUGGUAAUGUGGGGAACAACCGCAGGAUAAGUGGCAGUUCAAAUAAUACAACAAUAUAUAUACAUGUAAAUUUUUUUGUUACUAUUGACGGUUGAUAACCAUUUGAAACCUCAGUCAUAGUCAUAGACAAGCAAUGUUUGGAAAAAGCUGCAUGGAUUACUGGCUGUAUAUAUUUUUGUAAUUUAAUUAAAUAACUUUGUUUUUCAAAAUGCAAUAGAUGUUUUUUUGGCUGUGGUGGUUCGCGGUGGUUCCGUCGAUGAUUUAUCUUUCCGGUUAAUAAAUAUCGACUCUGGUAUACGGCGGUUUCUCUGACGCUGUGUAGUCGGUAUAGACUCUGGUGGUUUUGCGCUCUCUUUGGUGAAACUAUUCAGCAGUGGUAUCCGGUGGUGGAGCCUUGGCGGUGUCGUUGGCUCUCUACCGAGUCUCUCUCGGACCUAAUCAUCGCCGGUUGUCAUAUGUUUCAACCGUCGAUUGAUCUUCUCGUUGGGCUGUUAGUUGGAGCCCGUUCGUAUGAUUUAUCAUAAUUGGAGUUUAUUGGUAGGAAGCGAAGAUUAUGGAGCUGGUUAAUGAAAUCGGUUGGAUGAGCUCUCGAUUUAAAUCGAUUGACGCUCUCCAAAACUAUGGCGUGUGCGUUGCAGCUGUCUGAAUCCCCAAAACCUCUGAUACAGUCGUUGGAGGUGUUUCUUCGGUGGUAGGGAUCAAGUUUCCCGGUAGAGUCUGGUGAUCUUCUAAGUCGAUGAAGACGGUGGAAGUUUGUGGUCCCGGUGUCAUUCCGGUGUGGUACGGUGGAUUCUGGUAAUCGUCGGUUUAGUGUUUCGGCAUUGUUUCUCAAAAGCGGUGAUGAGGUGGAAGCUAUCGUGACCGUGGUCUCCUUAGGAUGAGAUAUUAACACAUGUUUUCACCUCCACUAAUCUUUUGACGCGUGUUGUGGUCGAGCGUCUUAUCUUUUUGUUGCUUUGUUGGGCUGGUUGCUUUAGUGGCUCUUUUUGUUUGGUUUGGGCUUUGUGUAUGGUUUUUUUUUUUCGGGUUUUGUCUCUUUGGACCUUGAGCUCUUAAUAAAAUUUAGAUGGAAAAAAAAAGAUGUUUUUUCGGCUGCGAAUCUGAGACGUGCAAACUACAACCGCACAUAUCUCUUUUUGAGUUCGGUGACCAAGUAACAAGAUUCGGUAAUAAACGAUGACAUUAAUAACUUUUACCAAAAUAAAUAAGAAAUUGCGUUAUUCAUUUUAUAAGCAAGCACCAGUUACCAUUUUACAACUGAGACCAGUUGAUUCUUUGUCAUGGUUGACUUAAAGAGUGAUGAGAGUGAGAGGCAACUUGACCUAACUUCAAUCUAAAUUUGUUUCGAUAGUAAAUACGAUUGAAUUUACGAUUGAAACACGCGUACGGUGGUGAAAAGGGAGUCUUUAGAUUCUCUCUUGAAAGAAGGGACCACUCGCCGGAAUAGAACCAAAGCGGAAACGUAUAGGUAAAUGGUUGGGCCACUGCUUCACCCAAGAUCCUUUACUCUCUUCUGCCUUUAAAACGGUUAAAAAAAACUCCUAACUCCAAGACACUUACGUGUCCUCUGUACGGUUUUCUCUUUCUAACUUUCAACUUCAUAGUGACUUGUGAGAUUAUCAUGAAUGUAGUUACAACUUUACAGCGUGAAAUCUAAUUUGGUCUCGUGCGUAUAAUCAAAUCCACUUAAUGGAGACAGAUUUGAAGUUACAUCCAGUAUGAUAUAGUAUAAUUAUUACAAAAAUGCUGAACACAAGAUUUUCUGCAGUGCCGAGAAUCUUUGCUUGUCUAAUUCUAACUGACUUUUAUAGUAUACCAACCGAAUUCAAAUCUGAAAUUUGCAGCAAAUCAAUUUAUUAAUUAACCCCACUCAUCAUAUUAAUUAGGUAAACGAUCUUAUUUUCUUAUGCAAGUGAUUUGCUAUGAGAUUACAAAAUUUGUCUCAAUAUGUAAAGAGUUUCGCGAAUGUGUUAAAACAAAUAGCAUGAUAUUUUUUUAUCUAUGUGUCGUGAAAUUUUAUCCCAGUAACAUACAUACGCAUAUGUUUUUGCUAUUUAGAAAUUUUAUAUUACCUAUCAGACCAUAGUCAAAGAGCAUUUAAUACGACUGGUAUGCAUGCAAAAGCAUUUGUUAUGACUAAACGGUUACGACGUCGCACAGUGUGGUUUUCGGGUUUGUUAUCAGCUACGUUCGAAGUGGACAGUGCAAUAUGAGAGCUCGUUCUCUAGACGACAGCGAUAGUACUGUCUGAAAAGCUCGCAAAACCAGCCUACAACGAUAGUUGCGUAAACUUGUUCAUUUGUGAUAAUGCUAGUUACUGGGAUUAGAGUUUGAAGAUGUGUAUCAUUAAUUAUUUCAGCGAGCCUUCGAUGCAUUUUGAUAUCCAAGAAUGUGUGACCCUUGUCUUUUAUUUAGAGCAUAGUUUGAUGGAGUAAAAAUUUUCUUUAAUAAAAUAUUCACUUAGGUUGAUAUUAAUAUCAUUAUUUUCGUAAAACAUAUAGUAUACCUCUCAGAUGAGAGCUAACGUGUCUCAUUUAACUUUUUUUUUUGUCACUGUGUCUCAUUUAACCUAAUUUUAAUUAGUUCUCAGUAUAUAGAUUAUUUAACUGAAAGGUCACAAAACUAACAAUUCCGGAUGCAUUUUAAUUAGUUAGGCUUGAAAAAGAUGACCUAAUUUAGCUCAAAUCAAGGUUAACUACAACGAGAUUUAACGUAAUGGAACUCUUUUAAAUCAAAGUAGUAUUUUAUUGAUCAGAUCUUUCAUCUUUAGGGAGACAGAGAGACAAUUCGGACAAGAAGAAGAAAAAAAAAAAGGUCUUCCAGAGAGAAAGAGUGGACCACAAUCGUGGCGCGAAAGGAACUUCCUUCUUUCGCUCUGUUCAAUUCUCAUUGGCCCACGUUUAUCUCAUACCUGAUAGUGAUGCUUACGUGGUGUAUUUUAAGCAGCGUAGUGAUCAGAUCAACGGUGAAGAUUAAUCUAUUUAGGCACAAGACCGAUACGUCACGUCGCUAGAGUAAAGAUUUUUUUAAGACAGAUGGGGAGAAAAAUCAAAGUUAAAAAGUGAAUUUGAAAAAAUGAAUUUUUAAAAUGCUUAUGAAGCGGUAGGCGCGUGGGGUAUAAAUGACCCCCUACCUUGUAACGUGUAACGAUGAUAUUUAUUCAAUCAAUUGCAUGCUAUCUAACACAAUUUACACAACACAGCCAUUCGACUUCUGUAAUAAAAAGAAAAAUAUCGGAGAGAGAUUUUCCAUUUUUCUCGGAAAUUAAUAUCGACGAUCAACAAUCUAGUGCGAAGACGAUCCUGAGAGUUUUUUUUUUAAAUCUAUUUGUGAUGGCGGAUAUUUGUUACGACGACGAACCGUCAUGGUCUAACCGGAGGAGGAGGAUCGGAGUCCACCGAUGCAGGAUAUCUCCGUCAGAGAUGCAACAGACGGCGGUGGAAGAUUCGGAAGGUGUUUAUAAGCGUAAUAAACAGGAGGAGAACGAUAUUAUGAACUGUGCAUCAUCACCUUCUCGCAGCUCACCUGACUCAGAAGCGGAGGAGAGUGUAUUACUUGAUGUGGAGAUCACUAGAGAUGACGUUGACGCCGGUGAAGAUUCAUCGGUUAUCCCGUCUAAGAAAACUGCGAGAGAGACGGAUCCGAGGCCUAGAUACGGCGCCGCAUCGGUGUGCGGUAGGAGAAGAGAUAUGGAGGAUGCGGUUGCGAUUCAUCCAUCGUUUGUUCGGAAGCAAACGGAGUUUUCUCGAGCAAAGUGGCAUUAUUUUGGCGUUUACGACGGACACGGCUGCUCUCAUGUCGCGACGAGAUGUAAAGAGAGGCUUCACGAGAUAGUGCAGGAGGAAGCUCUCUCCGAUAGGAAAGAAGAGUGGAAGAAGAUGAUGGAGCGUAGCUUCACGCGCAUGGACAAUGAGGUUGUACGUUGGGGCGAAACCGUGAUGAGCGCUAACUGCAGGUGCGAGCUUCAGACGCCAGACUGCGACGCCGUCGGAUCCACCGCUGUUGUCUCCGUCAUUACCCCCGAGAAGAUCAUCGUAGCGAAUUGCGGCGAUUCUAGAGCAGUUCUCUGUCGGAAUGGAAAGCCAGUUCCUCUAUCCACAGAUCACAAGCCGGAUCGUCCAGACGAGCUUUAUCGAAUCGAGGAAGCAGGAGGUCGAGUAAUAUAUUGGGAUGGUCCUAGAGUCUUGGGCGUUUUAGCCAUGUCACGAGCCAUCGGAGACAACUACUUGAAACCUUACGUGAGUUCGGAGCCGGAAGUUACCGUGACUGAUCGGACGGAGGAAGAUGAGUUUCUGAUUCUAGCUAGUGACGGAUUAUGGGACGUAGUGACGAACGAGGCGGCGUGUGCGAUGGUGCACAUGUAUCUAAGCAAAAGAGGUGGCCGUGGAGGUGGAAGGCGGCGAGAAACCAAGGAAUGUGGUGAAGGGAAAGAGGAGGAGGAGAAGGUGGUGGUGGGGUCAAAGAAGAGCGGGAAGAAAGGAGAGAUCUCGGACAGAGCAUGUACGGAGGCGUCAGUGUUGUUGACGAAGCUGGCGUUGGCUAAGCAUAGCAGUGACAACGUAAGCGUCGUCGUCAUUGAUCUCAGAAGAAGAAAAAAGAGACACGUUUCUUGACACUAAUCUCAUCACUCCACCGUCUUUUUUUCUUUAAAUAUGAUUCUUUUGUUUUUUUUUCUUGUGUGUGGAGGUUUCACUGGGACGAAGUCAUCUCAGCAGAUGAUCUCCCAACCCUAAAGGAAAAAAACAUUAGUUGAAAAAAAAAUAUCUCGGUUUAUCGAAACCGGUUAAACCGGGGUAUGGUUGGGGUUUUUUUUUUUUUUUUCUGGACCAUUGUUUUUGCCUUUUUCGUUGUGUGUAAUGGACAAACAAAAAAGGAAGACGGGUUAUGUGUCACCGUCUGGAUGGAAUGAGUUCAGAAUUCAAUAAAUGAAAAGCAUGUACAUAUUUGUUUUUGCUU